CUAUGCAGUUCUAGAGCAUUCCUCUCCGAUCAGGUGAUCUGGUCGAAAGUCUUCAGAUACAGCGGACUCGGAUACUUACAAAAAUGAUGGGCCUACUCUCCAAAAAAAAUUUUCUUCAACUUCCAAUGUUCUUGGCUUUUGCUUUUGGUCAAGUCUACUACCAGCCAGAGCAGAUUCAUCUUUCUUAUGGAGAUGCGCCCACAAAGAUGGUGUUGACCUGGGUUACCAUGGACAACACAACGACCUCGGAGGUUCAGUAUGGUAUUAAAACCCUUGGUAGUGUGGCUAAAGGAACAAUAGACCUUUUUACUGAUGGAGGUGCUGCCGCUAGGAAGUUCUACAUGCAUAGGGUCAUUGUAACUGGGCUCACUCCUGGAACAGCAUAUCGUUACCGUGUUGGAAGCACAAACUAUGGGUGGAGUUCUCUGUAUACGUUUACAGCCAUGCCCGGCCAAGGAGCAGCAUGGAGUCCGCGGUUUGCUGUUUAUGGCGAUAUGGGCAACAAGAAUGCUCAAUCUUUGACCAGGUUGCAGACUGAGGCUGAGAAUGGAAAUUUUGAUUUUAUUCUUCAUGUUGGUGACUUUGCCUACAAUAUGGACACGAAUGACGCCACAGUGGGUGAUGCAUUCAUGCGCCAGAUAUCCAGCAUCGCAAGUUACAUUCCUUACAUGACCUGUGUCGGCAAUCAUGAAGCUGCGUACAACUUUUCCAAUUAUAAGAGUCGCUUUACAAUGCCACCAGCUGGUGGAGAUGGUCAGAACAUGUGGUACAGCUUCAACGUCGGUCCAAUUCAUUUCAUUGCCUGGGACACUGAAGCCUAUUAUUACAACGGAGCAGGAUAUGGUACCGCGCAGAUUUUCAACCAGUUUAAAUGGUUGGAACAAGAUCUCAUGGCAGCAAACACGGCAACCAACCGCACCCUGCAGCCGUGGAUCAUAACCUUGGGGCACCGUCCCAUGUACUGCAGUAACAACGAUGACGCUGAACACUGCAUCAAUCCAGAGAAUGUCGCCCGCAUAGGUGACCCGAGCAAAGGGUGGCCAGGCGUAGAGGACCUCUUCUACAAGUAUGGUGUAGAUUUAGAGUUUGGAGCCCAUGAACAUUCAUACGAGAGAUUAUGGCCAGUCUACAACCUGAGGGUCUGUAACGGAAGCCUCAAAGCCCCCUACACCAAUCCGACUGGUCCAGUCCACAUUGUCACAGGCUCCGCGGGCUGUCAAGAAGGUGAGGACCCUUUCUACACCAUUCCUUGGCCCUGGAGUGCCACCAGAACUGACGAUUAUGGCUACAACCGCUUUCAGGUUUUUAAUGCUACUCAUCUCUACAUGGAGUACGUCUCUGACGAUAAGGAUGGGAAAGUCAUUGACCAGAUGUGGUACAUAAAAGACAUACACGGAGCAGGACUCUUCACUUGCCAUCUCCCUUAGAAGCAACCACCAAUACAAUAGAGCGAUAAGUGGAGACGACGAGAAAGGACAAUAUGCCAAUAUAGCAAUCAUAACCUAUAAGAACUUAUUGCGCACUCGCAAUCUUGAAGAAUUCCAGUGCAAAUCCGCCAUUAGUGACCUCAUUGGCGCAAAUAACAAUUUAUCUUGACCUCGAUUCAAAAGGCUUUUCAAGGAUUGUGAUUCAAACGAUAAUAUCAGCCACAAACAUUCUUUAUCAACUUAUUGAACUUAAUAAAGAUGAUAUAUGGAGAAAGGAGUGCACAAAUAUCAUAUUGAAGAUUAUUUUGAGAACUAUUUAGGCCGAUUCACUCAACUACUUGCGCGAUCUCGUCACAAUCGUCUUGUGGUGACGACUCGGACUGAUUUUUCAUGAUGGCGACAUCGAAUGGCAAUUAGAGGGACUGCGUCCGUCCCCUAACCUUGGCGUUCCCACUAGCCCCUCCAAUGUUAGAGUAUAAUUGCGUACUAAGAAUUGUAUUGGCAAAAACAUUAGUAAACCCGAUACAUGUAUAUCACCUUGACAUUAUUCCACUGAUGUCCGCCUAACGUUCAAUAUAUGAACUGAACAUCCGCGAAAUGAUUUGACGUUGAGUACUGCCAGACAUCCGAAGAUUAUGUGUGUUGUAUAGGCCACCUUUGGAUGAGGAGGAAAUUGUCAAAACGCCUUUCAAAAAAUGCCUGAAGGUACACUAUAGGCAAGGACCAGGUAGAUCAGAUUUUCAAAUCACACGAAGUCGACAAAGAGGGAUAUUCCGUCCUAUAAAUAACAGUACAUCAAAAUUAUUCAUGCUUCUACAAUGUAUAUAAGAAAUAAAAUCAUAAUGCCGAAUCAAACAAAACCACGCCUCCUUAUCUUGCAUACUCUAAUGACUUAAUCACAGCCAUUUCAACCCCCUAGUUCUUGCCUAUAUAGCACCCUGUCCUAUAAAAGGAACUAAAAUGCUACUACAAUUUCAUGUCAUUAAAUAUUGUAUAACUGAUAGACUUUCAUUUAUCCAAACCCACUUAAUUCCGGCAUUUGUCAAAAGCACUGACGCAGACGCUAGCAGACAUCAGGCAAGGAUCCUCGUUUUGUGAGUUGUCGCCAAUUAAGGGAGUUUCCCCUCUCGCACCUGCAGGAUCGAUUGUGCCCCUCAUGCCAAAGUUAUGUGCGACGUCACUAGAUUUACGAGUCACCAGCAGUGUAUUAUCUAAAACAUAGAUUUGCGCAAAGGCGCAUAUCUGUGCUUGCCUUUUUGAUCUCAGCGUCGUAUUCCAAAUGUUUUCUGUCAAUUGGUUGAACUUACUUGACAAUCGGUAAGAUUUAUAAUGUGCGAUAUCUUCAUCGCACUUUCUUUUUAACUGUGUAAAAUGAUAUAUGCCGCCACGUUUCAGCGCAGCUAGCUGAGGUGUUUUCCCGUGUCACACCCCGAUCAAUAGGCAUUAAUUGCCGUGUCUCCAUUUCUCCAUGCGGGCAAAGUCGAAUGGAGUUUCGUGGGCCUUGUCGCCCAAAUAAGCGACACCUCCCAGAAUUGGCGACAACUUGCAAAAUGAGGGUCUGCCUGAUUUGUCAAGUUGAUAUCUGCAAGGUUCACACCAAGUCUUGCAGGAUCUUAAAUGGACGUUACGGACCCUGGAGGUCGGCAUGUCGCCCCGGGUUCCUAAAAACAUCUUGUACAAAAGCCUGACUGCUCGUGAAAUUCUGAAAUUGCGAAUUUUCAGGAUGUAGGCCCCUAUACGAGACAAGUUUGCAAAAUAAGUCCCUGGCUGCCUUAAAUCUCAUUUACAUAAUAAAAAUAAUAAACUGUGUACUUCAGCAAUGUAAGUCUGAUGAUGUCCCGCAACCGUAAUCUGUCAUUUGCGUCUAUCUUUGACCAUUCAUAUCACAGCCGGGGGGGGGAUACUUUCAUCUUGUAGUUUUUUCAAAUCAUCCACUCAUUGUCGACCUUUAGACGACAACUGAAAGGAAGGAGGAGAAAGAGAACAUGUAUGUUUGUAAAAAGAGUCAUAGGUCUGGCGCGCAUCAGUGCCAAACUUCAGAAGCAUGUGGUUCAAAAAGAAUUAUAUACAUCGCACGAAAAAUAUUUCUAUACAGAUUUUUUGCUAGUUCCGGCUGGUGAAAACCGCAUGUCAUUCCGACCUCCUCAUUCCGAUUACGCUGGUGAUUCAAACCUUGGUGUACGCCGAGGGGUAUGUCAAUUCAUUCAGGCAGAGGAUAAUUUUAAGGUGGUUACAAAUUCCAAUAUAUAUGUACCUGUACUAGUAAAUGGCAAGGCGGACUUGAUUAUCUUCCAAUGAAUGUGUAACGCCUAAAACAUGUAAUGUUCUCCUAGGGCUUUAAAAUAAAUUGAAU